UUGUCUUUUUCUGUACACGUUCAUAAAUUCCACUUCUCCUUAAAUAUACAUCACUGCUUUACGCGCAUGCGUAAAAAAUGUAGUUAUAAUCACUGGUAGCGAUGUUGCGCCAGUUUAGCGUGAGCCAUUGCUCAGGAGACAUCCCGUGAGUUCCGCUUGUUUCAAGCAAACAAGAAGAGAUGCCUGGCCAUCAUCAGCCUAAUUCCUUAGAAGGUCUUAGCUUGGGAUGCGUGUGCCAGCAACUCGUCGGGAUGUGCCAACGCUUGCAAAUGCUCUCGCAGCAAUCAUCGGCAGAGCAGAUGAUAGCUUUCAUAAAACGGACGAUACGGCCCUACUACAUAAAUGGACUGCCGAUUCAUUUGCGCUCCCAAGUUAUCGAGAAAACUUUGAGAAUGUUGAACAGCCCAUCAGUUGUUAGUUUGACACUCACUUCCACACCUGCGACGAUGUACAUAUUGACCAUUCUUCUCAACAAUGAUAUAAAACAAUUAAAGAUCAAUCUCUGUUGUUAUUACGGAUGUAGCCAUCAAACAUCUCUUUUAAAAUUACUCGCCUUGGAAGGAGUUGGACUCAAAUCAUUGGACCUAACUCGUUACACGUUAUUGGGCUUAGAUUGCGAAUUGUUGCAUUCGGCACUAUUGAAUAUGAAGAACUUGACAAUUCUAACACUUCGAAAUGUAGCCAGCGACGCUGUGCUCGAGGUCAUAGGUAAAAGUUGUCCAAAACUCGUAAUUUUGGACAUAGCUUGCUCUAAACAAGUGACGAAUGCAGGAUUAAAGCAGUUACUCUUUCAAAUAGAACCGCGAGACAAGGUACGCUCCAUCUCGCCUGAAAAACACACUAACUGGUCACGAAUUAAAAAACUGUUCAGUAGAUGGGAAAUGAAAAGCUCUAGAUCAAAAAAGAAAUUUCAUUCGGAGAAAGUGUUUUUAUUUAUGGAACAUAAAAAUAGAAACUCAUUGUGCGAUACGCUGAAAGUGCUAAAUGUCGCCAAUACUGCUGUUACCAGCUUAGGUGUGUUACUCGCUUUAAUGCAAAUUCCACAACUCGAAUCUUUAGCAGAAUAUAGCUAUAUGGAACAUAUAGCGCAGAUAACGCAUCAACUCAUCAAUUUACAAGUCCCUUUCAAUUUAACUGAAGCAAGGAGUCACAAGACAACGUCCUUCAAUAUAAAACUUUUAGCACAAAUAUGUCAAAGAGUGAAAAAAUUACAUAUUUAUGAACCAAAUCAUUCUCCCGACAUGUUACGCUUGUUUCCUUGUAUUACUUCGUUAAGCGUGGAUAACGUACCGUCAGAAAAGGAAUGGUUAACAAGUUUUUACAAUUAUCUUCGAACAAAUGGCCAAAACUUAAAUGAACUCAAUAUUCAAAUGACGCAAAGUCGGAAUCCUUUGCAGGUGGAUUUAAAAGAAAUUUUAAGUAGCUGUCCUAAUUUACACACACUCAUUAAGAAUGGAUCGAAUAUAGUUUGGACAAAGGGACAUGAUCCUCCACCUUUUAAAUAUUUAAAGAAAAUUCAACUCGGAAAUACAGUGAAAGCUUUGGUAAUUACAAAAAUAUUUUCGCUAGCUCCUGAGUUAACAGCAUUGCACAUCCAUAGUUGUCUCGAUUUAACAAAUGAGCAUCUGGAAAAAUUACUAAAACCAUCUGGCAAACACAAAAAUAAUCAAGGAUGCAAUGAUAAUUUACAAAAUUUAACAUGCUUCUACAUUUCCAAGGCAAGUAAAGUAUCUGCGACUGUCCUGCUAAAUAUGCUUCGCACUUACAAACGAUUAAAGUGGUUUGGAAACUUGGUAAAUUGGGAUUUGGACAGUGAAGAUGUUGAAAUGUUAAAAACAACAAUAAACUAUGAAAACAUGAAUGUAAAUUUAUGUUCCGAUUCUCAUUGGUACUGGAAUAAUUGUGUCCAAUGGUAUAUCAAAUUUAAUAGUUCGUAAGAUGAUACUUAAAGCCAAGUUCUACUUCUUUUGGUUAAAAAAAAUCGAUUUUUAAACAAUACUUUUUACAUCUCUAAGUAUGUAGAUAAUACCUAUAAAAUGAUUUUGCGGUAUUCAAGUUAUUUAAGAAAAUAUGGCCUGCAGAACGCAAAGAUAGCGCAAUGCGUCGCAUAAAGUUCGAUUAUUCGGCCAAUUGAAAUGUAGCGAAAACUUUCACUUUAAUUGUUCCAUUCAUAUGAAAACAGAGACCUGCGAAGCACAUUGUUGGUUGAUAACAGUUGUUACUAAAAAGUACGCAAUUAACUUUACCUGAUAUUCAGUUUAAUUUUAAAUGCAUUUUUCUUGUGUAGGCGAUUUACGCAUUCACGCGAUUAUUUCACGCGGAUCACGACUGUAGAUCGUAAUCAUAAGUACGUUAGACAAAGACGUCUGAUCGGACUCAUCGCGCAGUAUCAUAAACAAACGUUUCCUAUUUUAUGAUACAAUAGGCGAUUUUCGAAAGAGUCGAUUCGGAGCAGCCGGCUAAGUCACACGUAUUUAUUUUGACUUCGAUAUUGUUGUCGUGGCUCGAGACUGUAGCAAUUGAAAUAUAUAAUAAACGUUUCUACGUGAAAACUCUGACUUUUACCACAC